AUGUUAGUUACUGUAACUGGUGUCAGUUUUCUCUUAUUGUCUUUCACAUACAGUGUUGCUGGUAACUGCUUGGUUGGUGGAUGCGGAGCUGGUGCCUGUUGUUCGGCAUUUGGCUUUUGUGGUAAUACUGUUGAACACUGUCGGGGAGGAGCAGUAGCAGUACCAGCAGCUCCAGUAGCAGCACCAGCAGGAGGAGGUUGUCGAGCCACUGGUUGUGCAGCAGGACAAUGCUGUUCGCAAUACGGCUAUUGUGGAACUACCGCAGAACACUGUGGUGGUGGUGGUGUUGUUGCUGCUCCUGCCGCUCCAGCUGCUCCUAUUAUUAAUGGAGGUAGUGGCAAUUGUCGUGCCACAGGUUGUCCAGCAGGAUCAUGUUGUUCCGCCCAUGGAUUUUGUGGAAACAGUGCUGCUCAUUGCGCAGGAGUCAGCUAUGGUGGCUGUGGUGCUACUGGCUGUGGUGCUGGUAUGUGUUGCUCGCAAUUCGGAUAUUGCGGCGCAUCUGCUACUCAUUGCGCUGUUGCCAAGUUCUUGUCCGGAAAACAACCAGCUUCGCUCGAAGGUAAAUUUCAAGGACAAGCGACAUAUUACAACGAAACAAUGGCUAGUUCGGAUUAUACUACAUGUGGUACAAGUCGAGCUCGUUCAUUAGAUGAAAAUAGUGAAAAAAUCUAUACAGCUGCACUCAAUGAAAUUCAAUUUGAUCCAUAUACUGUUAAUGGUAUUCCAAGUACAAAUCCUGUCUGUCAAAAGAAAGCAAUUGCUAAAGGUAUCAAUGGUGAAAUAAUUAUACAAUUUGUUGAUCGUUGUCUUAAUUGUAAAGAAGGUGAUAUUGCUUUAACAUAUGAUGGUUUCAUGGCUAUAGCUGGUGAUAUUGGUAAUGGUCAUACUAGCAUAGAAUGGCGCUUCCUCUAG